AUGGAGAUGAUGAACGGGGCCGCAGAGGCGUCGCGCGGGUCUGGCGCUCCUCAGAGGGCGUCCAAUGGGACCGUUGCUGCCCCCCAAACAGUGGCGAAUAACGGCGGCGGGAACAACAACAACAACAGCCACGACAUCGGCUGUGGCAGCGGUAGCAACAACACCGAAAUCAACCAGGACAACAACAACAGUGGAAACAUGAACGAUUCUGCCUGCAGUGGCGGUCCCGUCGGUGGCGGCAAUAGCAUCAGCAGCAUAAACAACAACAGCGGCGGUGCUGAUAACGAGAGCAAUACAGUUGGAGUGGUAGGCAAUAGCAAUCAGAACACCGGCAGCAGCCCCACGGACAGUAGCGCAAGCAGUUGCACCGGCGAUAGCAGUACUAAUGUUGGCACUGGCAACAGCAGUUCUGCCUGCACCAGCACUCUGACCAGCAGUACCAGCAGGAGCAACAACAGCAGUAACAACAUCAACAACAAUGGCGGCACCGGCAGCAACAACAACAACCAUGCUGCUGGUCUCAAUAGCCAAUCGGUCGCGUCGACGCCGAUGGUUGCACCGGCAGGAGGUCCACAUCGCAGUCAGGACGACGCCAUGGUUAGCUAUUUCUUUCAGCGGCCUGAUUCAGAUCUCCAAAGCUACACGAAACACUCUCGAUGGGUUAUUGGCGAUGGCACUGAUAGCAUUGGAGGAGCGGCAGACAACACUGCUGCAGAGCUCGAAAGCGAGUUUCAAGCGCUCGCCCUCGAGACUGGGGGCUCACACUCGCAAAUGAUGCCCCCCAGCUCUGCGAAGAAACUCUGGUCUCUGGAUCCGAUGUCUCCGAGCCAAAUAGCAGGAGUAGCCAUGGGACAGAAACAAAUGCAAGACGAUGCGAAUAAAGGCAUUUUCGUUGACCAGUGGAGAGAUUCCACUUGGAGCGGGGGUUACACGCAGCAGGUUCCCGCCGAAGGUCAUAGUCGACUUUCCGAAAAAGUUGUCGAGUACGUCCUGGGAGGAUCCAGCCCUACCACUCUGGGUCUCAAGAAGUCGUUGACCAAGGAUGUCAAGAAGCAUGCGCAAGCGAGCCACAUGAGCAACGGCGUCAUGGCCGAUGAGUAUGCAGCCCAAGUCGCCGGAGCGGAAGAAGUUCUCGAUAAGAAGAACGUCAUCGUUCAAACAUUCGAUAUGGGUGCUCAGCCAUCGAUCGGCUUCGACUACUCGGGUCAUGCCGGACCCGAUGGGGCCAACGGUCUCAUCGGCUCGCUCGACGCCACUGGCUCGAUGCUUCCUGACUAUCCUGGUAAUCCGACAUUGAGCACCAGCCAACAGACAAUGGCGUAUCCGCCCGGGAGCAACCAGCAACGACAGCAACCUCCUCAAGGCUCGGGUCACAUGCUCGCCCACCACAUGAUGGCAACUCAACAAGCCCACCCGCACCCACAACAGUACCAAGCUCAUCAUCAGAAUCCGUAUCUCGCAGCUGCUAUGAACCAAGAUCCCUACGCUGCGAUGGGUCUGUUGUCCCCAGCCGCGAUGCCCUUACCUGCGCAAUACUACGGUAUGCCGCCGUGGGGCAUGUUCCCCAACCCUGCGGGAACACCUAAUCCAGGGGGACCGCAUCCACAAAUGACCCAGAGGCCAAUCACGCCCAGUGCCGUGAAUGGGGACAGCGGUCAAGGUCCACCUGGCAGCCAGUUCUCGAUGAUGGGAGGCCCGCCAGGAGGCUACUACGACAACAUGAUGAUGGGUCAUCCGGGGGCACAUCCAGGGGCCCAUCCGGGAGCCCCACAUCCCGGCGCUGGUCGGGGCCCCCAUCCGCAUCCCCAGGCAGGGGUUAGACUGCUUCAGCCACCUGCUGGUCACAUGCUCAUGAACCAUCCGCAGGGUCAGCAGAUGCAGCUUAAUCCGCAGAACAAUGCCGACGGCAGCAUCAGCGGUUCGGGUCAAUCGUCGAGCAACCUUUUCUCUCAAGGUCAGGGAGCAGCUCCCUCAGGACUGGGAGGGAACGCACUGAACGGUGCCAACAGCUUGAAUUCGUUUGGCAACUUUGGGUCCAACAGUGGAGGCCAGAAUACCUCGAUGGCUGGUCUGGGACCAAUCGGAACAACUCCGAUGGGACCUAUUGGAACGGGAUUAGAUUCUCAACAUCCAGGACGCAGGGAGUCUUUCGACAGAAGGGAUUUCGGCAAUCAGUCGCUGCUUUUCCAGGGCCAACGUUCAUUCGCUGAGCCUUUUGGCCCUCCUGGAAAAAAUCAGUACUACAACCCGCUUGGUAUUGUCCCUCCAACUCAGAGCCUGACUCCUCCUCUACCGGGGCUGAAUAGCUCUACGUCGAACUUGAAUUUGGGUGCAACGCUGACCUCUAGACUGGUGUCGGGUGGUCAGCCUGACUCCAAGUUCCCGCUCGUGCGAAAUGGCGGGUUGGGAAUGGCCGGUUUCGGGCAGGCUGGCGGGUCGUCUCUAUUUGCCUCGCAGAACAGUAAUCCCGUCAACAUGCCGAGGAAUGGCGUGCUUGAGAAAAAUAGUGGUCGGUCCCGUCUCCUUGAGGAGUUUCGGAACAACCGCUACCCCAACCUCCAGCUCCGCGAUCUCCUGAAUCACAUUGUGGAGUUCUCUCAGGAUCAACACGGUUCGCGCUUCAUUCAACAGAAGCUCGAACGCGCGACGUUGGCCGAGAAACAAUUGGUGUUCAACGAAAUCAUUAAUUCAGCUUACUCUCUCAUGACGGACGUCUUCGGAAACUACGUCAUCCAGAAAUUCUUCGAAUUCGGAACUCCUGAGCAAAAGCAGGCGCUGGCUGCGCGUGUCAAGGGGCACGUGCUUCCUUUGGCUCUGCAGAUGUAUGGCUGUCGAGUGAUUCAAAAAGCUCUUGAAAGUAUACCAUCCGAACAACAGAAGGAGAUCGUCAGGGAGCUCGACGGCCACGUUCUCAAAUGCGUCAAGGAUCAGAACGGAAAUCACGUCGUACAAAAGUGCAUCGAGUGCGUCGACCCCCUCGCAUUGCAGUUCAUCAUUGAUGCCUUCCAGGGCCAGGUUUUCGCAUUAUCCACGCAUCCGUACGGCUGUCGUGUCAUCCAAAGAAUUCUGGAACACUGCACGUCCGAGCAGACGUCCCCUAUUCUUGAAGAACUCCAUCAGCACACCGAGCAACUUGUGCAAGACCAAUACGGAAACUACGUGAUCCAACACGUGCUGGAGCACGGUCGAACCGACGACAAGAAUCAGAUCGUGGCUGCCACCAGAGGGAAAGUGCUCGCCUUAUCGCAGCAUAAAUUCGCCUCGAACGUCGUCGAAAAAUGUGUGACUCACGCCUCUCGCCCAGAUCGCAUUUUGCUUAUCGAAGAGGUUUGUUCUUUCCUUGACGGAAGUGCUCUCUACACAAUGAUUAAGGAUCAGUAUGCCAAUUACGUCGUGCAACGCAUGAUCGAGGUCGCCGAGCCACCGCAACGUAAAUUGCUCCUGCAGAAGAUCCGACCUCAUAUGGCCUCUCUACGCAAGUACACCUACGGAAAACACAUCUUAGGCAAACUAGAGAAAUAUCUCAUGAAGGGUGCAGCGCAAGGUGGUAAUCUCGCCUUAGAUCCCCACGCGGCGCCUUAA